UAUGACAAAGUAUUUCACUUACAAGUAUCAAAAUUAAGUAACUUUGCACGAAAAAGACCACUGCUCUUGAAUUCUAUAACAUAUGGCUUUUUUUAUACAUGCGCUGAAUUUGCACAACAAAUUUAUAAUAAAAGAUUCCAGAUUAUUCAACCGGUGUCCACAUAUGGAGUAGAACUACAAAAUAUCGAUAGACCAAUACUUUCGUGGUUACGAAAGUGCAAUAAUUUUUUAGGUUUAUUAGAUUAUGAAUCUACGAUGUCAACACAACAAUAUAAUUGGCCACGUCUUAAAAGAUAUGCUAUUUAUGGUUUUUUUUUAGCAGGACCAUUGUUGCAUGGAUGGUACAAAUGGUUAGAUACAUUUUACAAAGGCAAAUCUUUAAAAUUGGUUUUAACUAAAUUAUUUCUUGAUCAAUUUAUAUUGACACCACCAUUGGUCUGUCUAUUUUUUAUCAGUAUGAGUUUGAUGGAAAGUAAAUCUGAUAUAUUUGAAGAAUGUAAAACAAAGUUUCUUAAAACUUUUAAGACAUCAUGCCUAUUUUGGAUGCCUGUACAGUUUUUCAAUUUUGUAUUAAUUCCUCCUACUCUACGUAUCACAUAUGUUAGUAUUGCAGCAUUAUGUUGGGUGAAUAUUCUUUGCUAUAUAAAAAAUGUGCCUUUAGUUAAAUUUAAUGAUAAAAAUUAACGUAAAAACACGUUACUUCAUUUCUCUCUCUCUCUCUCUCUCUCUCUCUCUGUCUCUGCGAAGUUAUUGCUAUUAUUAAAAAUAUUACAAUAUUUGUAUCUUUGUUGUCUCAUUAUUAUUUAUUUUCUUCAAUUAUAGAGCAUAAGUAAAUUAUUUUUCAUAUAUCUACAGAUAGUAUGACAUGCUGCUAUACUUUAUUGUUUAACACUACAAAGUAAAUGUAUAUAUUGGCAGCCUUUAUACAUUAUUAUUGUUAUUAUUAUUAUUAUUAUUAUUAUUAUUAUAUUUAGUAGUAGUAGUGUGGUAGUAAUAGUAGUAGUAGUAGUAGCAGUAAUAGUAUAAUUGUUACAAUUAUUAUAUCAUUGUCAUUAUCAUCAUUAUUACAACAAACUUUACAAUAAGUCAGACAUGACUAUUUUAAAUAUAAUCUUUUUUUAUUAUUUUAUAAUAAUAAAUUUACACUGAAACUUUAUAAUUAUGUAUUUUGACUGAUUAUUAAAUUAUAAUUUUAUGUGAUAUCAGCAUUCAAGUAUCAGAGAUAAUUACACAUAAAAAAAAAAAAAAAAAACAAUAAUUUGACAAAUGAAGAUAUUGUGAUCUAAUAAUUAAUAAUAUAUAGAAAAGUCAUUUGUUUUUACUUAAGUGCUGAUAUCUCAUAAUACUUUAUUAAACAAACAUCAUCAAAUUCACAAUGACUCAUAGUAUAACAUUAUAACACUCUGCAUGUAAGAUAUAGUUUCUGUAAAACAGUAGAUAUAGUCAUCUUGAUAGCACCAUUAAUAAAAUGAAUGAAGCUAAAAGGUGUCUACUGUCAUACAGAAACUUUCAAUAUCACACUUUUGAUGAAAUUAACAAUGAUCUACUUAAAUUUGAUAAAACGAGUAAAUAAACUUGUUAUUUGAAACACUACAAUAUUAAAUUAACAACCCUGUAUGUAUGUGCAGACAUUUGUCAUGUAAAAUAAAAAUAAUGAUCUUA